AUGGUAUUUAGUGGUUAUGGGUUUUUCGGACUUGGGCUGUCCAAUGGGAUUAGAAUUGGGCAUAUCAAUGAAAAUCAGUUUCGGCUCUCUCGCUUUCUCUCUUACGGCCUCUCUCUUUCCGUCGAUCUCCAUCGAUCUCCAUCGAUUCCGUCUCUCUCUCUCGGUCGCUUUCUCUCGGAGGCGAUCUCCAUCGGUCCAUCCUCCGUCUCCGGUCUCCGUCUCUCUCUAUUGGUCGCUUUCUCUCGGAUGGAUGAUACUUUGAACCUAGAAGACACAGACUACAUAAGUGGAGAUGAGAUCAUGGAUCAAAACUCAGAUGGAGAUGAAGCAGAAGCAGAAGCAGUGGAGGAUACUCUCAUGAGCACAGCUGAAAACCACAGAAAAAGAGGAGGUAAACGCAGACACUCCAGAUGUUGGAAGCACUUCAGUAUAGUGGGAGAGAAGUAUCCAGAUGGCACGAAUGACGUCCAGUGCAAAUUCUGCAAACACACCUACAACUUUAACCUGCGUAGGAGUGGAACCUCAGGUCUCCUGCGUCAUAUGAAGGUGUGUAGUUUGAACCCUGUCCCUGGAACACCUGGAAAUGGUAGGUUGAUAGAUCAACUUGUUUUUCGUGAGAUGGUGGCUGUAGCUCUGAUUGAGCACAACAUGCCUUACUCAUUAGUUGAGUAUAGAAGAGUUAGGGAAGCAUUGACAUAUGUGAAUCCUACUAUAGAGUUCUGGUCUAGGAAUACAGCUGCUUCAGAUUGCUUGAGGAUAUAUGAGAGGGAGAAGCUGAAACUAAGGCAUAUGUUGAAAGAAAUUCCAGGAAGAAUCUGCUUAACAUCUGACCUGUGGAGAGCUUUAACGGUCGAAGGGUAUAUGUGUCUGACGGCUCACUUCAUCGAUAGAGAGUGGAAUCUGAAGUCAAAGAUUCUUGAGUUCUGUGCAUUUCCUCCUCCGCAUACCGGUGUUGCCAUAGCGAUGAAGAUAAUAGAGUUGCUGAAAGAGUGGGAGCUAGAGAAGAGUGUCUUCACAGUCACUGUCGAUAAUACCUCAGCGAACGACAAUAUGCAGUCCAUUCUCAAGAAACAGCUUCGAAGAGGAUUGGUGUGCAAUGGGGAGUUCUUACACAUGAGAUGCGUUGCUCACAUCUUGAACUUGAUAGUUCAAGAUGGUCUGAGUGUAAUUGAUGAAGCGUUGGAGAAGAUAAGAGAGAGUGUCAGGUUUUUGAAAGUUUCUGAAGCUAGAAGGAAGCUCUUUGAUAGCUGUGUGCAAACAGUGGGCAUUGAACCAAAAGAAAAAGGAGGUGUGUUGCCAGGGUUGGUUUUGGAUGUCUCAACAAGAUGGAAUUCAACCCAUCUUAUGCUAGAGAGAGCCAUCACCUACAAAGAAGCCUUUCGUCAUCUUGCUGACGUUGAUGCAGCUUAUAAGUUCUGUCCAACUGAACUGGAGUGGGAGAGGGCAGGCAUGAUUUCCGAAUUCUUAAGUCCAUUUGCUGAGAUGACCAGGCUUGUUUCUGGUUCUUCCUAUCCAACCGCCAACCUGUAUUUUAUGCAAGUUUGGUUGAUUGAGAACUGGUUAAGAUCGAAUGAGUUCUGUGGAGAUGAAGUGAUCUGUGGAAUGGUUGCUACAAUGAAGCUAAAAUUUGAUAAAUAUUGGGAGGACUAUAGCGAUAUAUUAGCCAUUGCAGCCAUACUGGAUCCAAGACUGAAGCUAAACUUUGUAGAGUUUUGCUUCACAACUCUAGAUGCUUGUGGCUGUAAGAUGAAAAUAGACAAUAUUAAGAAGAAGUUGAAGAAGCUGUUUGAUGUGUACAAGAAGAACACAAAGAAAGAUGUAGAUGUUGCUGGAACUUCAAGAUCAAACGUGGCAAAGAAGACCACUUUACCAGGAUAUGGUGUGUUUCAUGCCUUCUUCUCACAGAGUGCUGAUGGUAGAGGAAAAUCUACAUUAGAUAAGUAUCUUGAUGAACCCGUUUUAGACAUGGGGUCGAAUCUCGAUUUGGAUGUUCUCACCUAUUGGAAAAACAAUUCCAGUCGCUUUAAAGAGCUCUCAUUGAUGGCUUGUGAUGUUCUGAGCAUCCCAAUCACUACGGUGGCUUCAGAAUCUUCAUUCAGCAUUGGAAGUAGAGUGUUAAACAAGUACCGGAGCUCUCUUCUACCUUCAAAUGUCCGAGCACUAAUAUGUGCAAGGAACUGGUUAAGAGGGUUCGAGUCUAUAGACAGUGAUGAAGUGGAGACUGUGGAGUUUAAACCUUUGGAAGAAGUUCAAGAAGUUUGA